UCUGCUUUUUUUUAAUAAGGAACAUAUUACUGAAUCAUUGAAAUCAUUGAAAUAUAGCGUUUACAAGGAUAAUCGAAUAUUCUUACAUUCAAAAAGAAAAAAAAAAAAAAGAAGAAAAAGGAGACGACUAAUUCCUAGAGAUUUGAAAUUUUUUGUAAAUUAUGGCCGAUCGCGAUGAAUUAGUUUCACAAUUCAUCGAAAUUAGUGGUAGCGACGAAAAUGUGGCACGUUUCUAUUUAUCUAGUUGCAAUUGGUCUUUAGAGGAUGCUCUAUCGAAUUUUCUGGGUAAUCAAGCAGAUAACGAAGAGGAUGUAACAACUAUUGAUGUAACUGGAAUUACACCUGAGCAGCUGGUUGCUUCAUUAGGCCAAGUUAAGACUACGAAUUCCUCCGACUAUUUUGGCAAAAAUGUCAGCACUACAAAAGCUAAGUUUGCUACCCUGAAAGACAUGUCGAAUAAGGCUGGUGAAAAUGAUGAAGAAGAAGGUCAAGCAUUUUAUGCUGGCGGCAGUGACCGAUCCGGGCAACAAGUUUUAGGGCCACCGAAGCGUAAGAAUUUUCGUGAACAACUAACGGAAAUGUUCCGUAUAGCUCAAGAGAACAUAGCAAAUGUUGAGGGCUCAGGUGCUGCCAGUACUUCAUCAGGAGCAAACUGGGGCAACACAGGUAUACGUUUGGGCAUGACUAACACUGAUCAUUCUGUCGUAGCACCAGCUAAAAAAGAUAAUGCAAAUAAAAAGCCUGUGGUAGUCUUAAAAUUGUGGAGUCAAGGCUUUUCAGUAGAUGAUGGCGAGUUACGUCACUACGACAAUCCGCAGAAUAAGGAAUUUUUAGAAACCGUAAUGAGAGGGGAAAUUCCCCAGGAAUUGCUAGACAUGGGUUGGGUAGUUAAUGUAGACGUGGAGGAUCAUCGACAGGAGGAUUUUAAAAAGCCUGCCUCUGCUGUGAAGCUGUUUAAAGGAUCUGGACACGCUUUGGGAAGCCCGGCUCCUAUUGUUACCGAAAAUACCGAAACUCCUGCAACUGCUGGAAAUGAUGCAAGUGAUGAGUCCUCCGCCAAGGAGAAGCUUAAAUUAGAUAGCGCACAACCCAUUACGACGCUACAGAUACGUUUGGCGGAUGGAACCCGCUUGGCAGCACAAUUUAAUCUCAAUCAUACAGUUGGUGAUAUUUUAACUUACAUACAGACAGCUCGUCCCCAGUAUGCCGAACGUAACUUUAUAUUGGUCUCUUCCUUCCCUACGCGAGAGUUGAGUGAUACUACAGAGACUAUAGAAGCAGCAGGUCUUAAAAAUGCUGCCUUAAUGCAACGGCUCAACUAAAUAUAAUAGCAAAAAUCGCAAGAAGUUGCAUAGAUGAGGAAUAAGUUCAUCAAAAUUCCAUAACGAAAAUUAAUCACAAAUUUUCUACAAGAUUAUAAUA